CUGACUUUACUGUGCAUGCAAUUGUCUGUCAACAGCAAUGGGUUUCAAGCAAAUGGAAGUUGGUGUGGUUCUGCUGCUGCUUUCAGUUGGGUUGUCAACAGCCCAAUGGCCACUAAAGGAAGCUAUUCUGCCUCCUCUUGGAUUUCAACAUAACCAUUCAGGGCAACCUUCAGUGCCAGUGAACACUGGGUUGAGUUCUCAAUGGCUUCAAAAGGAUCCUCAACCUGGAAGCCCUGCAGUAGCCCCACUUGGAGUGCAGCUUCAGAAUCCUUCAGGUCCUCAAAGCCAGCAAGUAGUGCAGCAACCAGCAAAGAAAGUGACUUGGCGUUUUCCAGCAGCACCACAAAUCCCAACCCCACCAGCACCAGUGCACUUUGUUAGGCAUUCUGAUCCUGUUCCUGCCCAGGGUGUAACCGUAAAGUGCAACGAGACUGCAGUGCGUGUAGAGGUGAGAAGAGAUCUGUUUGGAACUGACGCACCCCUCAAUAUUGCUGCCUUCACACUGGGUGGUUGUGCUGCCAGAGGAAUGGAUGCUUCUUCUCAAGUCUUCAUCUUUGAAUCUGCUCUGUAUGGCUGCAACAGCAAGUUGACCGUGACUGCAAAGGAACUGGUCUAUAUCUUCUCCCUUGGUAUGGCUUCAGUGCCCUUAAGUGGUACUCCCAUUCAAAGGAUUGCUGGUACUAAGGUUUCAAUUGAGUGUCACUACCUGAGACUCCACAAUGUGAGCAGCAAUCCUCUUAUGCCUGCUUGGAUCCCAUAUGCUUCUGCCCAAGCUGCUGAGGAACUUCUUGUAUUCUCCUUGAGGCUUAUGAUGGCUGACUGGACUUCUGAAAGGCCAUCCAACCAGUACUACUUGGGUGAGCUUAUCAACAUUGAGGCUUCUGUACUGCAGUUCAACCAUGUACCCCUGCGUGUCCUUGUUGACAGCUGUGUGGCCACCCCUGUCCCUGACCUCAAUGCAAUCCCUAGAUAUUCCUUCAUUGAGAACUAUGGGUGCAUGAUUGAUGCCAAGCUUACACACUCCAGCUCUCGCUUCUUGCCUCAAACUAAAGCAUCCAAACUGCAACUUCAGCUGGAGGCCUUCAGAUUUCAACAAGUGAACAGCAGCAUGGUUUACAUUGCAUGCCUCUUGAAGGCAACUGCAGCAUCUGCUCCUGCUGAUGCUGAGCACAAGGCUUGCUCAUUCCUCAACAAUGGAUGGACUGCUGCAUAUGGUGCUGACCUGGUAUGCAGCUGCUGCAAUAGUGGCUGUGCCGGGAGGAAGGGCCGUGACCUGGCAUCAGAGCAAGGAUUGCAGCUGGAGAGGAAAGUGAACCUUGGACCAAUUAUGGUCCUGGAAAAUGCUUGGUAGUCUAAUGACCUGUUGAACAAAUAAAACAAUUUUAC